GCUAAAGAUCUAUGGAUAAGAAAACCGAUUUGUUAUCAAUGUUUUCUGAAUCAAAUGAAUUAUAUGAGUUUUAAUAUGUUGGAAAGGAAUCCUGGUUGUGAAUUAGAUUUAGGUUGGUUAAACAAUGUAAGAAUCAACCUCAACGCAACCAACCAAAAAGCCAAACAAAUAUCAUCAUCAGUAAACCUAAAAAAUGAAUUUCGAGCUGCAUGGUUAUUAAAGGCAGUCACUUGCAUUGAUUUAACAACACUGGGUGGUGAUGAUACCUAUGGGAAUGUAGCAAGACUUUGUCACAAAGCUUGCAGACCGAUUGCUGAUGAUUUAUUGGAAAAAUUGGGGUUCAGUUACGAGGAAAAUUCGCCUCUAAGGACUGCAGCCAUUUGUGUUUACCCUUCCAGAGUGGAGGAUGCAAGGAAGACUCUGGAGAAGUUGGGUUAUUAUGAAAAAAUUAACAUAGCAUCAGUUGCAACUGGUUUUCCCAGCGGACAAAUGCCCUUAAAAACGAGGCUUGAAGAGAUUAGAUUUGCUGUGGAAAAAGGAGCGAAUGAAAUUGAUAUUGUAAUUGAUCGUAGUUUGGUUUUGACUGGAAAAUGGGAGUUGUUGUAUCAAGAAAUACAGCAAAUGAAAGAGGCAUGUGGUCCCAAUGCACAUAUGAAAGCUAUUUUGGCCACUGGAGAACUAGGAACCUUGGAUAAUGUCUACAAAGCUUCUCUGAUAGCAAUGAUGGCAGGUUCAGAUUUUAUAAAAACGUCAACUGGUAAAGAGUCAGUUAAUGCAACAUUACAAUUUGGGAUUGUAAUGAGCAGAGCAAUUAAGGAAUACCAUGAAAAAAUGGGGUAUAAGGUGGGGUUGAAACCAGCAGGCGGCAUUAGAACAUCGCAGGAUGCCUUGACUUGGUUGACUCUGGUGAAGAAAAUGCUGGGCGAUGAUUGGUUGAACCCGGAUUUGUUUAGAUUUGGCGCAUCAGGUCUUCUGGGAGAUAUUGAAUGCAACCUGUAUGAAUAUGUGACCGGUAAAAAAGCUAAACCUUACGAAUUUACGAUGGGAUAAGUUAUUUAUACCCAGUUUAAGUAUAUACCUAGUUGUUUUAUUAAUUUUUGGCAAAUAAAUGUUUUUAUAUUAGAAU